AGUAUUUUGAAGACUAAAGGCCCUCAAUAGCAAUACAGCCAUUCUAGAACUGGCCAAAUAGCAUAUCUGCCAUGUCAGUGCUUAAUGACCUAAUGAUUAGUUUGUUAAAUUACUUAAUUCAAUGUUCUCCCAGAAAGUUAAAGCUGCUCGAAAUUUUGUGGUACAAGAAGAUGGCCUGCCUUGGAAACACCCAUUGAAAGAGUAAUGUGGGAAAAUUAAUCUGAAACUCAUGAUUAAAUUUCAGGGUUCCUUGGAGAUAACGCAGAGCACAGAAGAUGAUCCUCUACUCGAUGCACCACUUCUUCCACCUCAUACGUUGCAUUCCCAAUUGAGACCGAGAUUCCAUGCUAUUCCUACAGUCUUGGUUGCCAAUUUUCUGUUGCUUAUACAUGUUGCUUUUGUUGUCUUAGUAUUUUUAGCAGGUAUAUAUUGUUCUUAUGUAAACCCAAAUGAGGAUGAAUGCCCUGGAAACUACACCAACCCACUUAAGGUGCAAAGUGUCAUAAUCAUUGCGAAGGUAAUUCUGUGGAUUCUGCAUGUUGUCUUUGAACAAUAUGUUCAGCAUCAUCACGGUAAAGUCAGAUGCAGAGGAUACCUCCUGAUCUACCGAUCAACAAGACAUCUUAAAAGGCUGCCGCUCCUUAUACAUUCUAUAGGAAAUGCAGCCCUGCUUCUGAUACUGUCAGCUCAGCAUUCAUUUCCUAACUACAGUAAAAAGUAUCUCUACCUUAUCCUUGGAGUCUUGUGUCUGGAGCUGAUUUGUUCUUUGACGUGCAUAGUCGUUUACACAGUGAAAAUAAGCAAUUUCAACAAGGCCAGGCCAAGGCCUGAUAUAAUUGAAGAAGAAAAGAUGUAUGCUUACCCCAGUCGCAUUACCUCGGAGAUUGGAUUCAGGGAAAGCUCAAGUUUGGAAGAAAUAGUUGAAAAGCAAGGAGAUGUGAUAGACUAUCUCCAACGACACAAUGCGCUGCUCAGCAAGAGACUACUAGCACUAACAUCACAGCAAAUCAGAGGGUGCCACCUGAUGUACUGGGCUUCCACUGAGCGCCGUUCCACCAGCCUGGGCUCCCUCACCGUGUCCUGCUGCUUACACACAGGUAGGGACACUCCCAGCUGUAGCAUCAUACAGAGUCUGUGUGGGAAGACAGCUCAGGGAUUGCCCUGCACUCAAGUGCCCACACCCUCUGGAGUGUAAACCCCAAAUUAUAUUGUCUUGCGCUUUACAGAGAGCUAUACAGCAUAAGCUCACGAAAUUCGUUCCCUCCCUCCAUUUGGAGGAAGAUAUGCACAGUUUCCCCCCCCCCACUUAUGAAUUACACAAACUAGUUAUAGAAUAAACAAAGUUUAUUAACUACAAAAGGUAGAUUUUAAAUUAUUAUAAGGGAUAGCAAACAGACCAAAGCAGAUUACUGCGCCAAUAAAACAAAACACACAAACUAAGCUUAUUACACUAAAUUAAGUGCUUAAUAGUAGCAAAUUCUCACCCUAUGUGUUGUUUUAUACAGGUUGCAGAGUUUCUCAAAGGUAAACCGCACUGCUUGCAGCUUAAAUCUCCAAGUCUUCCUUUCACAGGCUAGACCUUUUUGGCCUGGGCUCAGCCCCUGCCUCCCGCUUAGUUCCUCUGUUUCUUCAGGUGUUUUCAGCAGUCUUCCUUCUUGGAGAGGGGGGCAGUGGAGAAGAACCAAGAUUAACUCAGUCCCCAGCCUUAAAUAGGAUUUGCGGAAAUCCUUUGUUUCCCAGUUUGACCCCCACCCUCUCUUAAUGGAAAAACUAGAAGUCCAAGAUGGUGUUCAGUACCAGAUGACAUGAUCAUCUGACCCUGCACUGUUAAAAGCAGCAUCCCUGGAAACUUCUCAGGAAGGAGGGAGAUUAGCAUCUUCAGAGUCCUAUUGUCCUUCCUAAUGGCCCAUCCAGGCUGAUUGCAUACUGUCUGGAAGGCAUUCCCCAAGUGUAAACAGUUGUAAAUUUCAGAGUAGCAGCCCUGUUAGUCUGUAUCCGCAAAAAGAACAGGAGUACUUGUGGCACCUUAGAGACUA